AACAAAAGUCACAUGUUUAUGAAUUAAUGAGUUUAUUUAGAAUACCCGUGUUUAUAUUCUAAAUGCCUAUCGACCAAACUUGUGAUAAAAUAAUCCUAUAUGUUUUAUUCUGCACUCUGGUCUGACCGUGUAUCUAAAAAAAAAUGGAUGCUAGCAGCUAUGAAGUAUAUGAAGAGCACCUGAAACAUUUAGAAGAACAACUUGUUACAGUUACCAUUGAAAAUCAAAGCCUUGUAAGUGAACUAUGUGGUUAUAAAGACAAAGAAUCAUUGGAUAGACUAAAAGCAGAGAUUGAUAUUGAAAGAAACAGAUACAAAAAGUUAGAAGAGAAAUUUAAAAAAUAUGAGAUUGAUUGUGAUAACAAACGUAUUCAGAGCUUUGAUAGUGCCCAGGGAUGGGUUGAUGUAUCCAUCAAGUCCAGUAAUUCAGCUGCAAAAACCCCUUCACCACCAAAGUCAACAAAGAAAGGACGACCAAGAAAUAAAAAGUUUGAUGUUUUAUGGAGAAGAAUAGUGGAUUCUAUAUAUACAUUUAUGGAUGAUUUUAUAGAGGAGCCUGAAGAACAGAAUGAAAAUGAUGAAGGAGAUCCACUCACUGUUAAACAAUUAAAAGCAAAUAUUACCAGAUUCAGUUCAGAUCUAAAACCUUAUAUAGACACAAUCAAAGGAAUACAGCAGUUACUAGCUUGGAAGACUCCAUCUUAUACUUUACUUAUGUUUAUGAUUUAUUUGAUUGCCAUAUGGCAUGGUUGUUUUGUAUCUGUGAUAUUGUUUUGUUUGGUCAUUAGAAUGAUAGUUAGUUAUUUAAAUCAUUUAGGAUUCCAAAUCAAAUUCAACUUUUUCCAGCCACUGGAAGAACACAAGCAAAAAGAAGAAAGCAGUACUGGACUUACAGAUAAAUUCAGCCUGGUGAUACAAGUGGCAAGAAAGGUUCAGAAUGGACUAGGGGCUGCAGCAGAUGGUUUAGAGAAAAUACAAAGUUUAUUAACUUGGAAGACACCAGUGACUAGAAAGUUAUUUAUGAUGCUAUUUAUCUGUUUUAUCAUGUCGUUGACUGCAUCUAUAGAAAACUACAGUUAUAUAAUGGGUAUAUUUUUAGGAAUCAAAAUAUUUAUUAUCAACUACUUUUAUAAUCGAUAUCCACGAUUGAAGAGAAGGUAUGAUUCAUCCUACAAAACCUGGCAACAGCUUCCAACAACAGCAGAAAGUGAACAGAAAAUGGUUAAGUCUGAAAUUGAUAAGUAUUUAUUGUCAGAAACAGAGACAACAUCAGAAGAAUCAGCCUCUGAAACAUCUACAAAAACACAGAAAAUCAAAGAUACAGAUACAGAAUUCUGUCAAUUAUUUUCAUUACCCGACUCAGAAUGUCCAGUAACAGGAUGGCAAGGAGGGAAGAGAUGUUCUCUUGUUAACAAAGAAAAGUCAGUUUUAUCAGGAUUAAAAAAUGGAAAAUUAUAUCUUACAAGGAGUUUUCUUUGCUUUGAAAGAUCAAAGACGCCAUCAAAGAAGAAUAUUGUUAUACCAUUAGCAGAUAUAACAGAAAUGUCAAAAGCCAAACCAUAUGCAAUAUUACCAGGCAGUGGAAUGUCAAUAGAAAUAAAAUUAGUUGGUGGCAAGGUGUUUACAUUUGGUGCCAUUGUAUACAGAGAUGAAGCAUAUGAUAGUUUGAUACAAGCAGGAAUAGAUCAGGCACUUCCCUGGGCUACAGGAGUUUCAUUGAGCCAGAAUAUAUCACCUACAUCAUCACUUAGAAGGAGAAGUUCUGCAAAAAUAAACAAUUUUACUUGGGCAGCUGAUUAUACAGAUGCUGAUUGAACUGUCACGGAUAUGUGGAUUAUGAAUACUUCGUAUUGGCAAACAUGCUUAAAUCUACUGCUUCCCAAUUAUUCCUGCUGUUCACUGUUGUCAUGAUAAAGGAUUUUACUUUAUAUAAUAUAUGUUAACAUUUGUAUUACAAUCGGGCUCUGCAUAUCACAUGAAGUGAAAAUGACGAGCAUGAAAUAUUUGCCACGGGACAUUAAGCAACAUCAUCAAUUAAUCAUAUAAAAAUGUCUUUUUAUCAUAGAGUAAACAUAGUUGCUUUCUCUGGAGUUAAUUCCUAAAUCAUAUACCGGUAUAUACGAUUUUAUUCGACUUGAAUUUCUAUGCUUAAAAUAUUCCAGUUUUGUGUAAGUAUUGUGUAGACAAAAUGCACGUCUGACGUACCUGGUAUAUUUGAUGAGUAUUUGUAUGUCUGUCAUAGGUGUAUUUUGGUAUACCAUUGUCGGUCUGUGCAUUCAAACAUCUAUUCGUCCGACCAUGUCUUGUGAUUUCGCCGGUAUUAUUUACUUAAUUCUUUUCAAACUGUUACACAAUGUUAAGUUCCAUGAAAAGUAUCUAACGAUUUUCAGUUGAGUUGUUCCAGACAUACUUGACUUAAAUUGUAAACAUAGACAAUGUUUCAUGUCUGGUGAUAACUCAAUAUAAAAAUAUGGAGAUCAUUGGUAUGAUUGCAAAAUUUGCUUUCAUCUAAUCACAUCUUAGUCUACAAGCAAUGUCCAGUCUAGCUGAUUUGUUGACGGAAGUAACCAGUGCUCUUGACACAGUUGGUUUUUUUUUUAUUAUGUCUUCAUCAAUAUAGUAUAGUUUGGUUGCUUCAGUACAAAAUUAUCUUGUUAAUAAUGUAUACAUUGUUGAGAUUUAAUUGAUUUUAAUUCGUCAUGAUUUUUUUUAUACACAGUAGGUGUCCAAAGAUUUUAAUGUUCAUCUAUAUGAAUGAUUUUUUUCUAUUCUUAUAUUAACUGUAUACUUAAUUUUACAUUUUUAUAUCGUUUUUUAAAGUAAAAAUGCAAUAAAAGAAUUUAAAGUUUCAAA